AUGGAAGAACAGAAUGUCAUUACCGAGGUCCCAGCAGCAUUAAAGCGUCUAGCCAAAUACAUGGUGCGUGGUUUCUAUGGAAUAGAGUACUCAUUGGCCCUCGAUAUAUUGAUCCGCUACCCCUGUGUCAAAGAAGAUGACUUGUUACAGUUGCUCAAAUAUGAACGUAAGCAAUUGCGUACCAUCCUCAACACGCUCAAAGCAGAUAAAUUUGUCAAGUUGCGUAUGCGAGUUGAAACAGGGCCUAAUGGGAAGAGCACAAGGCACAAUUACUAUUAUAUCAACUAUAAGGUGCUGGUGGAUGUGGUAAAAUACAAACUGGAUCAUAUACGCCGGAAGAUAGAAGCAGAUGAGCGAGAUUCAACUACCAGGUCAUCUUUCAAAUGUCCAUCUUGCUCCAGCACUUACACAGACCUGGAAGUCAACCAGCUGUUUGAUGUAUUUACAGAGACUUUCCGCUGCACUUAUUGCAGUACUGAAGUAGAGGAGGACGCCUCAGCACUUCCCAAGCGAGAUGCUCGAACUUUGCUAGCAAGAUUCAAUGAGCAGAUUGAACCUAUCUUUCUGCUAUUGCAAGAGACUGAGGACAUUGUACUGCCAUACGACUUGCUGGAGCCCCAGCCUACAGAAAUCCCAGAAUUAUCAGAGAGCUUUGAUCAUAAGGCAUGUUCAAGCAUGCUGGCAUCUAGCACACGACCUGAAAAAUGGGCCAACAGGAGUUCCUCUUUUGGUAAUAUGUACAUCCAAAACUUUGUUAUUGAUGUUCAAGACUCUGAGCCCAAGAAGAAAAGAGAAAAAGCAACUAAAGAACAACCUGUUUGGAUGUCUCAGAGUACUGUGGAAGGAGCAACAGCAGCCACCAACAGUACUGCUGGAGUACAUACUUCAGAAGAAAUUGAAGAAAGUGGUAAAAAAAAUGUCACUGAUAGUGAAAUUAUCAAGACUCUUCUGAUCCAUGAAUCCAAGUCAUCUUCUGGCACUGAGCAUGCUCCUCUUGUCAAAAGCAAGCUACCUGAAUCAGAAAGCAACACGAGUGAAUCUGAGGAAGACACUAAGCAUUCAAGAACAGAAGUAACAGAAGUGGUUGGCAGCAACUUUGAACAGGAGGAGGAACAGGAAACCCUAGAUCCCAUUUUAAUGGUAGCUGGUCAGCCUCACUCAUAUAGUGAAGUUAAUGAAAAUCCAGAGCUUGUGCGUCUCAUGACAAAUGAAGAGAGAGAAGCUUACGUAAAAGUAGGACAAGAAAUGUUCCAGUCUGUCUUUGAAUAA